UUCUUUUUAAGGCUCCUCCUCCCUCCUAUCCAAUUGAUUCCAACAACUACAACCUCUUCCCCUUUCAUUUUCCACAGCUUCCACUCCCUUCCUAACUAUCAUUAUAUCAUUUUCUCUCUCUCUCUCUUAAAACUCUCUUUGCUUCUUAGGAAGUAAGUAGAAAAGAGAACAAAAUAUAAUCAACCAGCUUCAUUUAGCAUUCAAAUUAAAAAAAUUACAAACUAAACUUUGCCUUUUCUUUUUGGACUUCAUUUUCCAGCAUUGCAAUAUCACAUGGGGAGGCAUUCUUGUUGCUACAAACAGAAGUUAAGGAAAGGCCUCUGGUCUCCAGAGGAAGAUGAGAAACUUAUUAAGCAUAUUACUAAAUUUGGUCACGGCUGUUGGAGCUCUGUCCCGAAAUUAGCAGGUCUACAGAGGUGUGGAAAAAGUUGUAGGCUGAGGUGGAUUAACUACCUGAGGCCUGAUUUGAAAAGAGGAACAUUCUCACAGGAUGAGGAGAAUUUGAUCAUUGAACUUCAUGCAGUUCUUGGGAACAAGUGGUCUCAAAUUGCAACUAGAUUGCCUGGAAGAACAGAUAACGAAAUCAAGAACUUGUGGAACUCUUCAAUUAAGAAAAAGCUAAGGCAAAGAGGGAUUGAUCCAAAUACACACAAGCCACUUUCUGAAGUUGAGAACGAAGAGAAAGCGUCGGCAAACAGUAACAAUAAGAACAAUGACAAAGUUUCUGAAAGCUCAAAUAACGAGUUCAAUUUUGUUGAGGCUCAUGAUAAUGGAUUUUCAAAGCCAAUUAAGGCAUCUUCAAUGACAAAUAAUAUGGACCGGUAUUCACUUAUUGAUACCAAUAAUAUUGCCCCACCAACUCAUGAAUUCUUCACCACCAAUUGCAAGUCUCCGGAUUUGUCUAGUUAUCUCUCCUUUCACAAUAAUUAUAGUCCCAAUACCAAUAUCCUCUUCAAUACCACUAUUACCAGGAAUUCUGCUGACAUGGUAUCUGAUCAGUUCAACUGUGGCUCCUUGGCAAAUGCUAGCUUUUCUUCUAUGUCGAAUUCGAUUCUUAGUACAUCCCCGUUGGCACGUAAUAAUAUGAAGCCUUCUUUGAGUACUCUUCUUCCUGAUCAUACUACUUUUAAUAUCAACAAGUUCCAGAAUUGGGAAGCGUGUACGAUCAGCAGCAAUGGCAGCAACAACAGUAAUGGUAGCUGUAACAGUAUCGAAUUACAAAGCAACUGUUCAUUUUUCGAUAACAAUGCUGCCGCUUUCACAUGGGGAUCAGCAGCAGCAGAUGGAGCUGGGAAAACGGAGAGAGAAGAAAUCAAAUGGUCUGAGUAUAUGCAAACCCCGUUUUCACUAGGUGUUAAUAAUAAUAACACAAUACAAAAUCAUCAUCAAAUUUCUCCGCAUCAAGACUUAUACGGAGAAACAAAAUCGGACACACAAUUCAUGACACAAGGUUCGUUGAAUUUGAGUACUACUAGUACAUGGCUUCAGAACCAACCCCCGCAGACUUCUCUACAAACUGCAGAUUUAUACAGUAACAAUUUCCAGAGGCUUCCUGCCGCCUACGGACAAUUUUCUUAGCCGAUUUUCAAUGGUUAAUUAUCUCACUUAUUAUUGGACGGUUACUUCCCUACUACAGGUGUGUGCUAUAGUGUUUUUCUUCUUCUUAAUCUGUAAAUAGGUCUUACACAUAUUUCCUUCCUUUGUCUCAACACCUGAUAUAUUCUUGAUAAAAAUAUCGGAAAGUUUGUUGAUCAUCAUCUUUUGUGUAUGGUAUAUGAUAGUAUAUGUACUUCUUUUUUCCGCUUUCUAGAUUUUUAUAUUGACUGAUUGUAAUUCUGUUUGUU